AUGCUGUAUCUUCUAGAUAGUGGGUAUGGUAACAUCCAUGUUAAAGCAGCAUAUCCUCGAAUAGGAAGUAAUAAACUAGCAAUAAAUUACAACGAGAUUAACAUCACAUUUCAGGACCCAGUUUCGCUUGCGAAUGGCAAUCUGUAUAUUUAUCAAAUGUCUAGUCAAGGCGAUACUACACGUAGGGUUGUUGGUGCAGACAAUGUCGUCACACUUUAUGUAUAUGAUUCCACUUUUAAUGUGCCUGGUGAACAAUAUUAUAUACAAAUGGAUAAUAAUUUUGUCAAGAAUUCAAUAUCUGAUGAAGCCAUUUUGGGAAUUAAUUCAUAUGUAUGGACAGGGGAUCACUACGAUUAUCAAUUUAUAAUUCCUGCAGAGAGUGGUAGAUUGAACACAAAUAAGCAUUAUCAGCUUUAUCAAUCACAUGUUUUGAUUUCACUUUCUAUUGGUCAGAAAAAAAGUGGCGAAAAAUUGUCUAGCACACAGUUGGCGAACAAUUUAGACCAAUUAAUAAGGGAUAAUGCAUCUACAG